AUGAAGGUAGAGGCUUGUAAUCCUGCACCCGCUUGGUUAACCAAAGAGUAUCUGGAGGCCAUAUUUCGCAGAUAUAAAAACGAUGACGGACUUCAUAUCAAAGAAAUCGAUAUCAAGCCCGCCUCCGCGAAGGGUGACAAUUAUCUCAGCGUUAUGACGCGUUUAAAAAUCAAAUUCCACCUUAGCAGCAACACGACUGAAUGUGGUUCCUACAUUGUUAAGUCCACCUACGAAGCAGAUGUUUUGUCCGCGAAAAUCAUUAAGGGCUAUGACCUCUACAAUACCGAAAUGGUGAUGUACGAUAAAAUUUUGCCAAAAUUGUCACAAUUACUUUGUGAAAUAGGUGAUUGUACUAAGAUAUUCGCGAAUACUAUUCAUGUGGAUUACGACAACUCGGCCAUUAUUCUCGAAGAUCUGGCGGUAUUCAACUUUAGGACUGCUAAUCGUAUUGAGUGUAUGAACGAGACAGAAACCAAGCUGGUAUUAAGAAACUUGGCUAAAACGCAUGCGGCCGCCGCGGUGCUGAACGAACGCAUGCCUGGAGUACUGAACAGACUCAAAAUGGGCAUGCACAAUCGCUCAACCACAGGCUUCGCCCCAUACUUUGAGGGCAUGUUUGAAGUUUGCGCCAAAUUUGCAGGCGAUUGUGCGACGCUGGGCCCGUACUACCGACGUAAAAUUCUCCAGCUGAAGCCACGAGUGAUGGACUACUGCAGAAGUGUCCAUGAGCCACCUCAAAGUUAUUUUCACACACUACUGCACGGUGAUCUCUGGACUAAUAACAUUCUUUUGCGUUACUCCGCCGAAGGAGCGGAAGGCGCUAAGCAACUUGAGGAUGCAGUUCUGGUUGAUUUUCAGUUUAGCAAUUGGUCUACGCCGGCGGUUGACCUUCAUUACUUUUUCAAUACAUCGCUACCAAACGAGCUGCGGAUAGACCGGCAGGACGAGCUAGUGAAACAUUACUACAGCGUCUUGGCGAACACAUUGACGAAAUUGAAAUACGAGGCGCCUGUGCCCACGCUGCACGACAUCUGUGUACAAAUGGAAGCUGGACGAUUCUAUGGUAAUCAAGGGAGUUUAGCUUCGACUGUGAUUCACCAGGCUGUGAUGAUAAACGACAAGACAGAUGACGCUGAAUUAAAAAAUCUUGUGGGUGACGAUGAAAGUGCGUCUAAUUUUAGAGCUACCUUAUAUACCAAUAAGAGAGUGCAGGAGAAUAUCAAGCGUCUUUUACCGUACUUCGAUAGGAAAGGACUACUCGAUGUUCCCCAAUAA